AUGAGGCAGAACCCACAAUCGGGUUUUAUAAAAUCUCAAAGGGGCGAAAAAAACAAAAACAAAAAAGUAAGAGGCAGCUCCACUACUACUCCGGCGAUAAGGCCACCGUCUACCUCCGAUAGGCAGCCGCAACCUCUCGGCCGGGAACGGCGAAAUUGGUGUCACGGAAAAAUCUCCAAAGAGAAAAAAUUGAGAAGUGAACGGCGUCGUUUACCUAUGGAGAACAAGAGAGCUACCAAGUCACAGGAAGAGCAGUGGAUGGUUCAAAAUCAAGUCUUUCGGAUUUACGAUCUUGUUUACCAGCUUCCUCCUCAUGCUCAAGCCGUCAACUUUGAGCUUCGACGCGAAAACCACAUUGAAUACCUCAUCAAAAGUCUCAAACAACUCGGCCCAAAUUUUGCUGUUCUGGAUGCUAAUCGACCUUGGCUAUGCUAUUGGAUCAUGCACUCUAUUGCUUUAUUGGGGGACUGUGUUGAUGACAAACUGGAAAAUGACAUAAUUGAGUUUCUUAAACGGUGUCAGGAUCAAAAUGGUGGCUAUGGUGGUGGACCAGGCCAGAUGCCUCAUUUGGCAACAACUUAUGCUGCGAUCAAUACACUGAUAACUGUAGGUGGUCACAAAUCACUGUCAUCGAUAAAUAGAGGGAAGCUUUAUGAUUUUUUGUUGCGAAUGAAAGACUCGAGCGGUGGCUUCAGGAUGCAUGAUGGUGGAGAAAUAGAUGUUCGUGCUUGCUACACUGCUAUAUCUGUGGCUAGUGUUCUUAGCAUUUUGGAUGAUAAGCUGAUUCAGGGUGUUGGGGAUUACAUCGUAAGUUGCCAGACUUAUGAAGGUGGAAUUUCUGGUGAGCCGGGUUCAGAAGCUCAUGGUGGGUAUACAUUUUGCGGUUUGGCUGCUAUGGUUCUAAUCAAUGAGGCGAACCGUUUGGACUUGCCUGGACUAAUUAAUUGGGUGGUAUUCAGACAAGGCAUUGAGUGUGGAUUCCAAGGCAGAUCAAAUAAGUUGGUUGAUGGCUGCUACUCAUUUUGGCAGGGAGGGGUGGCCGCGAUAAUUCAGCGACUUCAUUUGAUUGUUAGUCAACAACUGGGUCUACCGAAUACCUUUAAAUUUGACCAUACAACAGAAAGUGAUGAUGAUUCUUCAAAUUCCGAUGGAGAACAAACUUUUGAAGGAGCCUCUUCCCCAUUAGAAGAGAUGAAAAGUAACGGCUACGAAUUUAUCAAAGGACCAAUAGGAAUGAAACCUGUUUUCAACAGCAUGGCCUUGCAACAAUACAUCCUUCUUUGCACACAGGAGGAGGCAGGUUUUAGAGAUAAGCCGGGAAAACGCCGAGACCACUACCAUACAUGUUAUGUUUUAAGCGGACUGUCUAUUUGCCAAUAUAGCAACGUAAGAGACAUAGAAUCUCCCCCUUUGCCGAAGGAUAUAGUGGGCCCUUACUCAAAUUUGCUCGAGCCUGUCCAUCCUUUGUAUAAUAUAGUUUUAGAUAAAUAUUUCGAAGCGUACGAGUUUUUCGCAAGAUAG